AUGGCAAAAAUGCUUUUAUUUCUUACUUUGCUUCUUGCUCUCACUCCUCAGGCACAUUCCGUCAGAGUUGACAUCAACCAGAACAUUGCAGUUGACAUUUUUGAGACAGAAACUCAAGUUACACACUAUGUUAGUGUCGGAAGUGAGGGCAACCCCAUCUUUUCACCCAACCGUCUCAACGCCAAUGUCGGUGAUCAGAUUCGUUUCGUGUUUCAAAGCCGAAACCACACUUUAACUGAGUCGAGCCUGGAAGAUCCGUGCUCACCGAUCGAUGAGUUCGACACCGGAUCUAUCAAAUUUAGCCUCACAGACAUAGAGGAAACUGUUUUCACAAUCACAGUUACUUCACUCGAACCGCGAUGGUUUUUUUGCAAACAGGACUACCCCUACUCGCAUUGCCAUGCGGGCAUGGUGUUUGCCCUCAACCCAGGUGACAGAAUGAGAUCAUUUCUCGACACCGCCAGGCGAGGUACCGUUAGUCAUGUUCCUACGUCCAGUGGUAUGAAUUACCUGCCGAGUUCUGUCCUUGGAUUAGGUAAUACCGGUCAAAUAUUAUCUUCUAACCGCCUGCCGUCAACACUUGCCUCUACGUCGUUCAGUUUUGGAUCUGUUAGUGGUCACUUGAAUUCCUUAUCUAGUGCUACGAUCAGCAACCGCGUUCCAGUUCCUUCCUCUCAUAUCCUGCCGGUCCUGGUGAUUACUGUCACAGAGACAGCUGCCUGUUCCGAAACACAAAGUACAAUGUCUGUCAGGCGGGCUAACUACACAGUUGACUCUUCUGCGGAAGCUCACUCAUACGUUGGCAUUACCAGUGCGGCCUUUACUUUUGCUUUGUCAGUCGUUCUUUGGAUAUUGUGA